AUGGAAUCAUUAUUCGAAGAGAAGACUGAAGACAAAGUCUUUCAGACCCUUGCCCCUUUUGCGUUUUCUCCAUCCGUAUUACCAUGGGAUCGCUUUUCCAGAUGGAUUUAUUGUAUUUGUGUUGUUACUUUUGAUUUAGAACUCGGACAAGCCAUGGAGAUGAUUUAUCCAGCUCAUGUGAAACUGACAGAAAAAGAGAAGAUGAGCAUCUGCUACAUGGCUUUUCCGGAUUCUAACUCUGGCUGCAUGGGCGACACACAGUUUUUCUUUCGGAUGAGGCAAUGCCCCCUCAGGAGGCCCGUUGUUUCUUGUCACGAGAACUACAAUCUAAACUGUGCGGUGGCAGUGCAGAUGGAUCAAUCCCAUUUCUUUGGAUUCGUCUACUUUCGGCAAGUUAAAGACAAGAAUAUACCCAGAGGAUAUUUUCAGAAAUCUGUGGUCUUACUGACAAAGCUUCCCUUGGUUUCGUUGUUUACGGAAGUUCUGGCCAAAAUUGCUCCAUCCUUCUUCAGCUCUGGAGAACCGAGCAUAGAAUCUGCUUGUCACGAUGUUGAUCAAUGGCCUUCCCCUGUGCCUGGUGUGCCUCUCAGUCUUCCGCUUAUGGGUCAUGUACUACAGGUGAGAAUAUCCUUUCUUAAAACUUGGCUCAUAUGGUGCUUUCUUCCUGUCUUGUCUCAUAUACAGUUGUUAUGGGAACUUGUCAUUACGUCAGAACCAAUCAUUGUGAUGGCUGGAUCACCCAAUGUCACCUGUGAAAUGGUUCAAGCGCUCAUAAGCAUGAUCUGGCCGCUGCAGUACUGCUGUGACUACAGACCAUUCUUCACUAUUCACGACAGUGAGUUCAAGGAGUACACAACCAAAGUCCAAGCACCUCCUCCUGUAAUCCUGGGUGUUACGAAUCCCUUUUUCGCCAAAACAUUGCAACAUUGGCCUCACAUUAUUAGGAUAGCAUCUGGUAGUGCCAAUAAACACAAGAUUAAGCGAGCCGGAAAUAUCAAGUCUUUAGAUUCGAAGCCUGGCUUAUACACAAAGUAUAAAUCUUUUCUUAGCAAAGAUAAAGAUAUCUUAAAGAAACUUAUAAAGGGUCUCCAGACAGAUCGCCCACCCGAAGUCCAGAAUGCACCUCUAAGGCACUUUUUGUUGGAAAUCACUCAGAGCUUCAUGAUCCCAUUGGAAAGGUACAUGGCUAGUUUAAUGCCGCUUUUGAAAAACAUCUCCCCACACAAGGACACUCCUGUUCCUCGUCCCUUUAAUCCUGAUGACUUCUUGAAGUCUGUCGAACAGUCCGGACCUCAGCUCACCAGUGGAAUCCGAGGGAAUUGGAGUGGACUUUACAGGAGGUUCUUUAGAAGUGCCAACUUUGCUGGAUGGUAUAACUCCAGGUACAAAGAGGUCCUUCUCACACUUCAAGGUCUACAUAUACAAGCCAUAUCAGAAGCAGACAUGCUAGAUUGGAUUAAAAACAAGGAGGAAGUAGAAGUUGUGGACCUGGUGUUGCGACUCAGGAAGAAGUUGGCUGCUGCCGAGGCAGGGAACCUCUCCCUUCCAGAAAAAACGGUGGAGAAGCUUCAGUCCCAAGUUCAAUCCAUCAUUGCCACAUUGCCUGAAGACCUCCAAAAUGUCCUGAAAUGA